UUCAAACUCUACGGUCAGUCUUCUGUGCCUCUUCUUACUUUGCCUUUUAACUUAGAAAAAGAUAUGCGAAUCUUUAGUAACUUUGUAGAAAAAAAUUGCAGAGUAAUUGGGAGAAAAAAAAUGGUUGCCAAACUCAUUUCCUUCUCACAAUCUUUUCGAUUUUCGUUUAUUUUAUUCUUCAUCAUCUCCAUUAUCAUCACAAUUCCUCUAAUAUCUUCAACCAGCUUCAAUGGAUUCUCCAGCUGUAUUAACCAAAUCAGCUGUGGAAACCUCACCAAUGUGGGAUUUCCUUUCUGGGGAGAUAGCAGACCAGAUGGUUGUGGGUACCCUUAUCUUCGUCUUGCAUGUGACAAAAACAUCACCACCAUAGACAUUAUCAAUGUGAAAUACCAAGUCUUGGAGCUGAAUCUGAGCAGCCAAAUCCUCAAACUAGCAAGAUCUGACUUGUUGGCUAGAUCUUGUGCUUCAACAUCAUUACCCACAGUGUUAGAUCCAACACUUUUUGAAUUUGCUCCAGGAUAUGGAAAUAUCAAUGUAUUCUAUGAUUGUUCCUCAGGAUUUUUCACUCUGUGUAGCACCACUGGGAAAAACGUCAGCUCCAUCGAAACUAGAUCGGCGCAAAAUGUGUCAUGUUCAACUCAUACAGUUGGGGGUACUGAAACCCGGAACUGUAAUUCUUCUCAAGUGGUUUCUCAUCAAUAUGGGUCUUCAUGCAGUUCUAGUAUGACUAUUGGGGUUUCUAAAAUUUACGACCACACAGAUACAGGGAAUCACUCCAGAAUCCAGGAGGCUCUGAGAGAAGGGUUUGAAGUGAAGUAUAAGGUGGAUAAUGAAUUUUGUAGUGGAUGUUCUGGAUCUGGAGGUGUUUGUGGUUAUGGGUUGGAGGCCAUGAAACCGACUUGUUUCUGCAAAAAUCAAGUUUCUUCUGCGCUUGAGACUUGCCUUCCUCCAUCAUCAAAGCCAGAACAAUCUGUCAAGCGAAAUUUGGCCAUAGCCGUUGUAGUUGGGAUCAUAAUACUCUCUAUUGUCUUCAUUUUCAUAUGUUGUAAGAGAGAAUGCAUAUUAGUGGCAAUUUUUCGGAACAGAAGAGGGGAUGUUGAUGCACUUCUAAACGAUGGAUCAUUUGCCCUGAAGAAAUAUAGUUAUUCGGAUAUUCAGAGAAUGACAAACUCAUUUUUGGAAAAAAUAGGAAAAGGAGGAUUUGGUACUGUAUACAAAGGACAGUUACCUGAUGGUCGUUUUGUUGCAGUAAAAGUCCUAAAUAAGUCCAAGGAUAAAGGACAAGAUUUUCUCAAUGAAGUUAGAACUAUUGGUAAAACUAAUCAUGUUAACAUAAUCUGUCUACUUGGAUUUUGUGAUGAGAGGACUAAAAAAGUCUUGGUGUAUGAGUACAUGCCCAAUGGCUCACUGGAUAACUUCAUACCUAAGAAAUUAGAAUCUUUGAACACAAGUUGCCAGCUUGAAUGGAAAAAAAUGUGCGAAAUUGCUUUGGGUAUUGCACGAGGACUAGAAUAUUUACACAAGUAUUGUGGCACGACCAUUUUGCAUUUGGACAUUAAGCCUCAAAAUAUUCUCUUAGAUGAGGAUUUUUGUCCCAAAAUCUCUGAUUUUGGACUCUCCAAACUAUCUCAAAAGAAAGAGACUAGUGUGCCAGUGGAGAAUCCUGGAGGAACACCAGGAUUCAUUGCACCUGAAGCGAUAUUCAGACGGUUAGGUGAAGUGUCUUACAAAUAUGAUGUUUAUAGUUACGGGAUGUUGAUUUUCUACAUGGUUGGAGGAAGAAACAAUGUUGGUCUUACAGUUUCUGAUAUUAGUAGCGUGUAUUUUCCAGAUUCCAUUUAUCAAUAUUUGGAAUUAGAUAAAGAUCUAAGGAUUUUGGAGACCAAAACAGAGGAAGAAAAACAAAUAGCAAGGAAGAUGGUAAUAGUGAGUUUUUGGUGCAUUCAGAGAAAUCCAACAGAUCGGCCAGCAAUGAGUAAAGUUAUAGAAAUGCUUGAAGGAGACCUUCAUUCCCUCCAGAUUCCACCCAAACCUGAUUGGUCUUCUCCUGCAAGGACUCCUCUACAGUCCACAAAUUUCUAUACAGUAGAGGGGGGUUUUCUUUCAUAAGCUGACGAAUACGAAGACUGUGGAGAGCUAUUCGAAUGCAGGGACACCAGGGGAAUAGGUUAUCAAUUCUGGGGAUCAAAUUACUGACCGGUGCCAAAAUUUCAGUUGAAUUGUACCGACGACGUCAUAGAGAUCAGGAUCUCUUCCUUGAAUUAUCGAGUCUCGAAAUCAAUGCAAGCGCACAUGCUCUCAGCGCUGUUAGGAUGGAUUACUGGAACAGUGUUUUGUCCCAAAAACCGAAACAGCCUUUCCAUGAAUCAACCUUGGAUUUGAGCUUCUUCAUUUAUACUUUGGAUGCUCGACAACUGAGGUUGUAGUAAUACUAUGGAUGCCGCGAUUCUCUUGUUUCAACACAGUGCGAUUGCAGUGAAUUCGGAUCAAAAUCAAAUACCAUUAAUUACUUUGUUUUACAUGACUACUUCCGUGGCACAAAGUUUUGGCCUACCAAGUGGAAUGUGCAACACUGGACCAUA